AUGGGAGACGCAGCUCAGGAUAUCGACGCCAAAGGCGAUGCUCUUGACACGGCAAAGGACUUGUUUGCAGGAGCUGCCGGAGGAGUUGCUCAGGUUUUAAUAGGCCAACCCUUCGACAUAGUCAAAGUCCGGCUCCAAACCAGCACAGCAUACAAAUCCGCCCUCGACGCCGCAACCUCCAUCUACGCCAAAGAGGGCCCCCUCGCAUUCUACAAGGGCACACUAACCCCCCUCCUUGGUAUCGGAGCCUGCGUAUCCAUCCAAUUCGGCGCCUUCGGGUACGCGCGACGCUACUUCGAGGCCCAGAAUGCCUCCUCCUCAUCUUCUUCUUCCAAGGACCUGUCCUUCGGCCAGUACUUCGCAGCCGGCGCCUUCGCCGGCGUCGCCAACUCCGUGAUCUCGGGGCCCAUCGAGCACGUGCGUAUCCGGCUGCAGACGCAACCCCACGGCGCGGCGCGCCUGUACUCGGGCCCUCUCGACUGCGUGCGCCAGCUGUCUUCGCGCGGCGGCGGGCUGCGCGGCUUGUACCGCGGCGAGGCGGUGACGAUUUGGCGCGAGGCCGCUGCUUACGGCACGUGGUUUCUGACUUUCGAGUACUUGAUGAUGGCCGACGCGGCGCGGAACCGCGUUGCGCGAGCCGACAUCCCCAGCUACAAGGUUGCCCUGUACGGUGGUCUGGCCGGUGAAGCCCUCUGGCUUGCUAGCUACCCUUUUGAUGUCGUCAAGAGCAAGAUGCAGACCGAUGGUUUUGGUAGCGAGAUGAAGUAUAAGACGAUGCGGGACUGCUUUUCGCAGACCUGGAGGACCGAGGGCGCACGGGGCUUUUGGAAGGGCAUUGGUCCUACGCUACUGAGGGCCAUGCCAGUCAGCGCGGGUACGUUCGCCGUGGUGGAGGCGACGAUGCGUGCUCUCAGUUAA